AAUAAGCACUAGUGAAAGACAAGCAAAGUUUAAUAAUUUUUAAUUUUCAUAGAAAGUGGGCUUGCUAUCAAACCGGUGCAAGAUGCCUAUGUUGCCCAUGCCACCGCUAAUGCAGAAUGCCGUCGAGCCUAUGCAAGUGGAUGCUCCGCCGAAUGAAGACAAUGAAAACAAUGAAGAGCAACAAAUUGUGGUGGAGAAUCCAGCUAUUGAUCUGGAGGUCUAUGCUAAUCAAUACACAGGCAUUGCCCGUCUGGAUCGCCUAAUUUAUGUAGCGGACGUUUGUCCAGGUUUGGCACUGGAAUCGCUCAAGAUGGCCAUAACUUACGUGCAGUCCACAUAUAACGUAAAGGUCUAUCAAAUGCUGCACAAGCGUCUAAGCGAUAUACAGAUUGUCAAUGGAGCAGGAAACUUGGCUGCUGGUGAGCAAGCGGCCCCUGCCGCAGCUGCACUUCCAGAUAUUGCUGCUCAACCUGCGGCAGUUGCAGCAGCAGCGGCACAGGGCAACGGUACCGGAGAGAAAGACCCGUUUGCUUAUGAUGCUGCGUGGGUUGACGCCAAAAUGAAAAAGGCAGCACUCAAGCUGGAGAAGCUCGAUUCGGAUUUAAAGAAUUACAAAUCGAACUCCAUCAAAGAGAGCAUCAGGCGUGGACAUGAUGACUUGGCGGACCAUUAUUUAAGUUGUGGAGAUCUGACCAAUGCUCUCAAGUGUUAUUCCCGUGCCCGUGACUAUUGCACGAGUGGCAAGCAUGUGGUUAACAUGUGCCUUAAUGUUAUUAAGGUAUCCAUAUACUUGAAGAACUGGGCUCAUGUGUUGAGCUAUAUAUCCAAGGCGGAGAGCACACCAGACUUUUCCGAUGGACCCAAGGAGGCCAAUGCACAGGUACACACAAGAUUAGAAUGUGCUGCCGGCUUGGCCGAGCUGCAGCAAAAGAAGUACAAGGUGGCUGCCAAGCAUUUCCUGGCUGCAAACUUUGAUCAUUGCGAUUUCCCCGAGAUUAUCUCCUCCAGCAAUGUAGCUGUGUAUGGCGGACUCUGCGCGCUGGCCACUUUUGAUCGACAGGAACUGAAGCGUUUGGUCAUUGCCUCUGCUUCAUUCAAACUGUUUUUGGAGCUGGAGCCGCAGUUGCGUGAUAUCAUAUUUAAGUUUUACGAAAGUAAGUACGCUAGCUGUCUCAGGCUGCUGGAUGAGAUUCGCGAUAACCUACUGGUAGACAUGUACAUAGCUCCACAUGUGACCACACUAUACACCAAGAUACGCAAUCGUGCACUGAUUCAGUACUUCAGCCCUUACAUGUCUGCGGACAUGCAUAAAAUGGCCACCGCCUUCAACUCGACAGUGGGCGAUCUGGAAAACGAGGUAAUGCAACUCAUACUGGACGGCCAGAUCCAGGCGCGUAUUGAUUCGCACAACAAGAUACUGUAUGCCAAGGAGGCAGAUCAACGCAACAGCACAUUCGAGCGUGCCCUACUCAUGGGCAAACAGUACCAGCGCCACACUCGCAUGCUCAUCCUGCGUGCGGCCAUGCUGAAGAGCCACAUUCACGUGAAGAGCGUCUCCCGCGAAGGUGGCAACCACGGUGCUGAAUUAUGCGUCUCUGCUGGCUCCAGCACAUCUACACAAUUGGCUCGCAUUUAAUAAAGAACACAUUUUAAACUUUCGAUGUAAACCAUAAACAUUAUAGCGAAGCUAACUCAUUAAAUAAAAAACCACAGAUCCUUAUAAAAA